GCUACCACGUGAUUAAAGCAGGUUUAUUGGCGCUGGCACGUGUUAGCACAGUACAGAGUAGUGAGUUGUGACCGGUUGUGACUGGUGUAAUGAUGGAAAUGGAAGACAGUCCACAUGCUGUAAUUUGCAAGCUAUGCGGAGACGUCUACAGACUUAUUGAAGAUGGUGUGGAUGCCAACUUGCCCCGUGUGCUCUUAUGUGGCCACAUCUUCUGCACAAAUUGCCUGCUUACCAUCCAGUGGGAAAGUGGUGUUAUAUGCCCUGAUUGUGAGCUUGAGUCAACCCUUCCAGAGACUGGAGUGUUGGGCUUGCAGGAAGAAAGCAGGAUCAUCGGUCUGAUCUACACGGCCAGAAUCAACAAGCAGAAAAUCCCGCGCUGUGACAGAUCAAAGGUCUACAGGAGAAACAGACAGGCUCCACCCGUAGAGAUGAACACCAACCCUGGAGAUGGGCAGCAGCCCGCAGAUGUAGGGAAGGUAGUGGAUGAAGCGCUGGCUCAAGCUGCAGACACCCUGGCCCAGCUGGAACACAUUCAUGAGACCCUCAAAGCUGGUGUGGCAGAGCAAGCAAAGAGAGAGAGAGACCGACUGGAGAAGCAGAUCCAGCAGGCCUCCUUCAAAGCUAUAAAAGCUGUUAAAAAGUGGAAAACUGUGCAACUCUCAAAGCUGGAAGUCCAGUUCUCCACUUGCCAUGAUGUGGCGCCCAAAGUCCAAGAGAGGAUUAAAGAGUUGGAGAUGACCAUUCAGAUGGCCAGAGAAGUACGCCGCAUUCCCUCCCUUGGCCAGUACUGCAUUCUGGAUAAGGUAAUACAGACCCUGCAGGCUCCUGCUGGUGACUAUUCUGAUGUGAAGCAUAUUGCUGCAGUCACUGGAAUGAGCUGCGUUUUUCAGGAAGAGAGUCUGAACCAGUCUUUGGUGUUAUCUCUGAAGAUGGAGGUCAGCAGCUCAAGCCACUUGUCCAAGUCCACCUUAAAAAGCUUAUCAGCUGGGACUCCCAGCUGCCCCCCUCCUUUGAAAGAGGCACAAGACAUAAGAAGCUCCUCCUUGCUGCCUGUUCGAAACAAGCUCCCAGGCUCACAGAGGCAGAGCUCAGGUACCAGCAGUGCAUCACCCAGCUCCCCUUCGAGCCGCCAGAUCAGCCUCUCCUCCAACAGCACCACCUCAGACUUUGCACCAGAUGUGAUUGUGGAGGAGCUUUUGUAUGAGGGACAAGAGCACGUAACCCAGUGGGUUGAAGUUACCCACAUCGUGAACCCGAGUCACUUCUAUGUCUGCUACAUAGCUGAGAGGAAAAAAGAAGAUGGCCUCUCCAGAAAGAUUGACCGAUUGUGCAGUGAAGAUGGUUCCUUCUUCAUACAGGAAGACGGAGUAAACAGUGGCUCUCUGGUCUUCGUGAAAUGGGAGGAUGCACAGUGGUGCCGUACCAGAGUGGCUGAGGUCUUCCAGAGAGGACGUAACGAGGCUGUGAACACCUGCCCAGUCACCCAGCUGGCUAGUCUGCGAGUGUUCUACCUCGAUUAUGGGUUUACCAAAAACAUCCCCAUUCAAAGUGAGGAGGGAGCAGCUAAUUCUUCACUGAAGUCUUUGAACAAAUAUCUAAGGAAAGUAAGCAGCGCUGCUAAUGUGGAGCUGAGGCAAUAUGUUCCUCGAGCCAUCAGAUGUUCUCUGAAGGACCUGGUUCCUUAUGACCUGGCAGAGGGCUGGAGUGAGAAGGCAAAGGUUGAGUUCCAGAAUAUGGUCAGUGGCAAGGCUUUGAUCAUGCAGCCUUUGGGCAAGGAUGGAGAUUCUUUACUUGUGGAUCUGCGUAAAGUUCCCAUGGCAAACUCUAGGAAAGUUUCUGUCUCCGUCAGGGAGUACCUGGUGUUCAUUGAAGUGGCCAGCCUAUAUUCUUCAGUGAAGGCCUCCAUGAGGCCUCAGAUGUUCUGCCCUCCUGUGUAUCCAACGACCAACAGAGAAGUCAACGCUAUUGUCAGGCACAUCAAUGACCCGUCUGACUUCUACAUCCAGCUGACUAACGACAUGGAGGCGUCGCAGCUUUCAGUCAAGCUUCAGGAUUGUUACAACAGACUUGCAGUGUUGGAGGACAAUGAGCUUAACAUCUACUGUCCAGUGAUAGGACAGGCUUGUGUCGCUCGCUUUGAGAGGAAUAUAUGGUACAGAGCCAAAAUCAUAGGUCUACCAAGAACAAGAGAGGUGGAAGUGCAGUAUGUUGACCAUGGAAGUAAGAAGGUGUUGUCCGUCAAUGACCUGAGGAAGAUCAAAGAUGAGUUCUUAGCUCUUCCUUCCAAGGCCAUUCACUGCUGUUUGGCCGAGGUUGUUCCUGUGGAUGGAAAGAACUGGAGUGGAGCCUGCACCAACCGUUUCAUCAGCCUCACGAACCAACAGCUGGUCACUAUGGUCGUCAUAGGAAAAGUUCCAAGGACUGAGCCUUUGCCAGUCAUCAUGUUUGAGGCCGGCGUGGGUAAACAACAGUCCAGCAUCGCUGAGCUACUGGUGAAAGAGAAGCUAGCAUCUUUUAAAGAUGGAAGGAUGGAAUCCCAGGAUCCCAAAUCCUAUGGAGACUGCUCUGCUGUAUGGGAUCCUCCGCUUCAGUUUAGUUCAACAGCGGAGAACAGUGGUGACCUGGACCAGAUCACUGAAGAGCAAAAGGAGAAACCUGAGUUGCAAUACCAGCUUAGGCUUCCUGCCAAGCUGAAGGACAUUGAGGUUAGCGUGACCUUUGCGACCUCACCAAGCAGCUUCUACGUCCAGCUCAAGGAGUAUGACUCCUACCAGAAAAGAAUAUGUGAGCUGGUGAAGCAGGAAUGCUCCCAACUAGAGCCCAAAGAGGAUGCGUGGAAGGCAGACAUGUACUGUGCUGCACACCACAAUGGAGUCUGGGAGAGAGGACAGCUCUGCUCUGAUGUCACAUCCAGCAACAUUGCAGAAGUGAGACGGUGUGACUACGGCAGCACGGUGAAGCUUCACAUCAAUAACCUACGACCUCUCCCACCCUCUCUGACGGGCUCUAUGGCUCUGGAGUGUACUCUGACUGACAUCAGACCAUCAGGAGGCCGGUCAGCCUGGACUAAAACAGCCUGUGACUUGUUCUCCUACUAUCUGACUGGAGCUUCAGCUAAGAUGACCAUCCAGGAGGUAACAAGUAAGCGUCCGCUACCCGUCACUCUCUUCUGCCUCAAGAGUAAUGGGGAGUUCAUGAGCUUUGCAGACUUCUUGCUGAGCGAAGGACUGGCCCUCAGAGACAAAAAGCCGAGAGCUGCCCCUAACAAAAAACCAGAAGACACUGAUGCAAAGACUCCAGUCUGUAAGACUCAAAACGACAGAAAAGAAGAAAGCUCUCCAGAUGUCCAUCUUCCUCCUACCUACUCAUCCUCACUCAUCCCCAGUCUUGUCCCUGCUGAACCCGCCCCCCAAUUCACUAUGCCACCUGAAAAGGUGGUGACCACUUUGUACCAACCACCAGAGCUACCGUGUCUCGGCCACGUCCGCAUCAGCGUCUCUGCCGUCGGAGACGAUGGUGUGAUUUAUAUCAUGACCCAGGAUGCAGAGCACCAGCUGGAACAGCUGAAAGAAAAGAUUCAGCAGAGCUUGAAGACCCUACCCACACCAAAGCCCUACACCUGGAAGUCAGUUCAGGGCUGUGCUGUCAUUGGACCCGACAUGUCCUGGUACCGAGGACAGUUGCUGGAGUUGCUGGGAGGACAUGUUAAGGUUCAGUAUGUGGACCUAGGACUGGUAGAGUGCAUCCCGGUGGUCCACGUGUACCCUAUGCUGCUCUGUGCUGACGUCCCUCAGCUCUGUGUACCCUGCCAGCUGCUCGGCAUCAAGCCGGCUGGAGAGAAGUGGCAGCCAGAUGCAGUCGCCCUGAUAAAGAACGUGUUGCUGCACCGCUCUGUGGCCAUUCAAGUUGUGGAGCUGCCAGCAGACCCACGGGCUCCUCUCAUGGUUCACGUUUUCCUGGAUGGAAUGAGUCUCAGCAGGAUCCUCUGCCACCACGAGCACGCCUCUAUGGACCAGACUCUCUCAGUGAGCAAGGAGGUGAAAGCGGAGCCUCCUGCCCCUGUCCUGGAUGACUGGGAUAUGAACACCAAGGGUUUGACCCCAGAAGAGCCUCUUCUGGGUCCCUUUGCUGACCCCAACCUGCCCCAGGUGGGGUGGUGCUUUCAAGUCCAGGUGAAGCAUCUGAUCACGCCCAACGAGCUGUUCCUGUGUUUUCUGGAGGACGACGUGCUGGUGGACGGGGAGACUCUGGAUGAAGCUCUGGACAGAGUCAAUGCAAACAUUCACUCUCUGCCUCAUCUCUCCAGCUUUCCUCCUGGUGGUGCGUGUCUGGCAGAGUACAGCGAUGGCCACUACUACCGGGCCAAACUGGUCAAGUUUGCCAGCGUGGAGCCUGUGAAGAUUCUGGUCCAGCAUGUAGACUUUGGCUCCUACGACACGCUGCCUCCCAGCAAGCUUCUACAGAUGCCCACAGAGCUCCUGCGAUUUCCACCUGAAGCCAUAAAAGUAAAAGUAGUCGGCUUCCAGGCUCCAAGUGUGAAUUGGCACGAGGAUGUGCUAUCCUACAGCCCCGAGUGGAGCGUGAAGGCUUUGAUGGAAAUGGUUGACCUGUUACACGGCAGCAUCUCAGCAACUGUUGUGAUGAACGAGCCGGAGCUCAAAGUGCGUCUGUACAACCAGGACGGAGAACUGGUUCAUCUUCCACUGCUGAACAGCAGACUGGCUGAUCUGGCCUGAGGCGGAGCAGAGUCGAGUGCUGAUGGUUCUCUCCAGGUUAGGUUGGUCUCACCUGGUUUUAUCUUCAAUGUUAUAAUUCAACCUCCAUCAGCCAGCAGUCAUUCGACUAAAUUGACCAACCAGCUGAACAUGUGAUGGUAACUUAUUUUUGCAGGUGUCCUUCCUGGUGUUCUGUGGUUUUUAAGUUUUAACAUGUUACGUUGCACAAAUCUUUUCUGCUGCAGAUUUAAUUUGAGUUCAGUCAUUUAAACUAUUGUUUCACUGCUGCUCUUUAGUUUUUACUUUUGCAUUAAGGUUGCACAAUGUUUCUGUUCUCCAAAGCAUUUACAACGAAAGGCUAGCUUGUUUACCAUUUUGUUUGUUUUGUAUGAUGAGUAUUAAAGUAUCUCCAGCAUUCCA